AAAAUUCAAAAAGUUGCCCUCCUCGUCAUGACGAAAGGCGGUUUAAAUCUGAACGGUACGGCGGAGAGAGGGAGGACGACACAAUCUGAACGCUCUUUCGCGGUCAUCAUUCCAUAAUGGCCGAAGACGACGAUGACACUUUCGGAGAUUUCACUUUCGCAUCUUUCCUUCCCAAUAUCCCAAUUCAUGACCCACAACCCACCAUUGAAGACGACGAUGAAUGGGGUGAUUUUGUCGAUUUCUCGCGAGGAUCGGAUCACUCCAAUGGACCCUCUCAAACCACACCAUUCCAUCCGCUUGGCGUCUUCUCCAACCCUGGAUCUCAGCAGCCGGUCCAAUCAACUCCGUUGAGUGAACCGGCGAUCACCCAAACCGAUUUGCCUAAGACUGCUCAGUGGGUGAAACCCCGAGGCGCUUUGCCGCUUUCGUUAUUUGGAGAGGAUGAGGAUGAGGAGAAACCUGACGAGGAAGACAAAUCUGUUCAUAUCGAAACUCAAGUUGUUAAUGAAGAAACUAAGAAAUUGAGCAAUGGAUCGAAUACUGAUUCGAGUAUUGGUUUAAACGAUAUAAUUGCUAAUUUAUACAAUCAGAAUCCACAGUUUCAAUCUGGAAAACCCCCUUUGCAUGCUAGUGAGUAUGUUAAUCGGAGCUCCGAUUUAGGUAUCAGUGAGUUGGGUUCGAAUUCGGGUUUAUUGCCCGUGAGGAAUGAUUUUGGUACAGUGCGUAAUUUUGAUUGGAACUUAACUGGGUCGGGAUCGAAAUACCAAGCAGUUGAAUCAAGUUCUAAAUUGCUUUCGGAUCAAACUGGGUUUAGUUCAAAUACGAGUGUUGAUGUAACAAACUUAAGUGAACGCAGUGAGCGGAUCAAGAGUGACGAUUCAUUGAUUGGUUCGAACACAGGCGGUUUGAGUUCCGAUAUAACUGCAUCGCGUUUGAGUUUUAGUGGUCGGGGUUUUGAUUAUGGUGAAUUUGGAUCCACCUCAAAAACUUCAAAUUCUAGUUUUAGUGGAUUUAACUCAAAUUUGGAUGCUAUGGUUGUAAGUGGAAGUUAUGGGGAGGUCGGUGAUGAAGAUGAUGAUGAUGAUGAUGAUGAUGAAUGGGAGUUCAAGGAUGCAUUUACUGAAGCAAGUGAUGGGGGUACACACAAUAAGGCUGGCUCAGAAGCACAAGAAAUUCAUGAGACAAAGGCAUUUGGCAAUGGUUCGAACAGAUUGCUUCAUUUGUUUCCCAUGUCAAAUGGAUCGGAGGAGGCUGAUUCUCAUGGACACUAUAUAGGUGAUAUGAAGGCAUACUCAGUUGGGACUGAUAAUGGUUCAAAUGGAUAUCUUAAUUCUGACUUAAGGGGACAUGAUACUAGCAACAUUAUGGCAUACUCAUACCUGAAUGUUCCAAAUCAUUCAGUUGACAUAUUUUCUAUGUCAAAUGGAACUGACCUUGAGGUACUUGAUACUGGUGACAUGAAAGCAUUCUCGUCUGCAUUUUCUAAUGGUUCAGUCAUAACAAAUGAAUCAGUAAAGGCUAAACCUGAGGCACGUGAUACUAAUGACUUGAAGACCAAUUUGUUAGGGUAUUCUGAGAGUGAUAAUCACUCAAUUGCAAAUGGGAUUUCUGGCAUUAUACAUGAAAAUGAGGUUGAAAAUAAUAAACCAAGCACUUCUGCUCAAAACAGUUUUAUUCCAGAUUCAUACUGGACAUCUGAAAAGAGUGUUAGUAAUGGUAUAGCUGAUCUCAUACCAGUUGUUGAAGGUGUUGAAACUGAUGAAGACUUUGGAGAAUUUACUGGUGCAUUAUCAGAUAGUGGAUCAAAGCAAGAGGGAGAGUUGAAGGAUACUGAUCUUUCUCAUGAACUUGAAGCUGUCAAGUCUGGUAACAAACAUCAGGUGAAUGUGACAGGGUUUAAUCAUAAAGAAGCGUUGCCCUUGUCUAUCUUUGGCGAUGAAGACCUGGAGACUGAUGCCUCUUCUACAGUUGAGGAUGGUUUUAUCUGUCAUCCAACUUCUUUUCCAAAAAUUGAUAAAAAACAGGAACCUGUCAUUUCAAUAAAUGAUCUUAUAUCAAGUUUAUACAGCCAAGCAGAACAUACCUCUUCUAUCAGCUCCUUGCAAAACCUUUCUGAUGUUGUAGAACCCCCUGAUUCAGGAGCCAGCUCUAAUUUAGUGAAUGAUGAAGAUGCAUUUGGAGAUGAAUCAUGGGAGUAUAAAGGUGGCAUACCUCGAGGAACUGAGAACAAGACACUCAUUUUUCAUCAUGGAGAUUCACUUCCAAGCAGUUUGUCCAUAAGAAAGCUAGAUAAUUAUGUGGAUUUCUAUUCAGAACUAAAGAAGGAGUUGUCCCUUUAUAGUAAAUAUCAACUUGGGAAUCUUCAGGAGGCUGGCAAGGAAUUAAACCUUGAAGGUUAUAAUAUAUGUGAAGAAGAUGAUUUAGAGGGGCAUCCAUCCUGGGAGACUUGUUUUCAUGAAUUUAUUGAGGUUCUUAGGAAACCAAAAUUUCAAGUGCUGGAAUCAGAAUAUAACUUAUCAAGAAGGCUAUCUCAAAUGGAAACUGAUUUUAAUUCAGCAGUGGAGCUUAUUAAUCAUGCUAGCAUAAUGCUGAGACUUUUGACAUUUGCGUCAGCAAAGGAACAGCUAAUUUAUGUUUCUGUAUGGUACAAGAUGUUCUCAGUUUGUACUCAAGAGUUGAAGCAUGGUACCUGGCUUUGGAAGCAGAUAUCAGAUAAUGAUGCUCAGAGUUACGUGUUCUCCAAUACUAGAGGAAGAAAAUACAUUCUGGGACUUGUUGAGAUUUACAAGGUGGCUGUAGUGCUUGGAGCUUCAGUCAAGCUUUACCAACCAUGGACCUGGUUAAAUUCUGUUGAUUUCACAGGCAUCUAUUCACUUCUAGAUGAAUGCCAUGCUCUUUGGUCUAGAUUGGGACUUGAGCAAGCUAUCUUGAAUACAUCAGAUCCAGCAUCUACUGGCACCAUCAGAUUGAGUCUGGACAAUAUCAAGUCUAUUCAUGAUCUUGAUGCAUUUGCCCUUCAAAACCAUAUUUUCAGUCAGAAAGAAGUUAUUUGUCGACUGUCACUCCUAACUUCAGAAGUGGUAAAUGGUAUGAAGCUUGUUAUCUGGAAUGGAGAGCACUACUUUGUCACACUCGCAAAUCUCUGGGCAAAUCUUAUAAGCAAUGAUCCUCCAGAGUUACCGCAUUUAAGUUUUGGAUGGUAGAGUAGUGUUCCAAACAGUGGAUUGCUUCAAGGAAGAUGAGUGAAGACUGAUGUACAUACGGUCCAAGACUGCAUGCCUAGCCCGGAUACAAGAAGCAGUUGCGGGCAUGCGGCAAUAUGGCUUUGCUGUUUGAAAUCCCCACUGAUCAAGCCAUUGAUUUGGUGGAUGGACUUAAAAGCACAGCAUUUAAUCAGUGAGAGAUAAAUAGGUAUAUAUAUUAUAUUAUAUUUGUCAUUCCUUUUCCCCAUAAAUGUAAAUUAGUGAUUUUGAUGUCUAGUGGGAUCAGAUAUAUUCACCCCAUGUAACUAGAAAAUAGGAUUAUUUGGAAAAUGAUGACAAAAGCAUGCAUUCUUUCAAUGUUGUCAUGCCUAAGUUUUGAUCUGAUUUGGUUCUGUUAUUUUUAAUGGAGUUGGGAAA